UCGGGGUAAAAAUUAUUAAAAGUAAAACUGAGAGCUUCGGCGCUUUUGUUUUGGGCAAGGGAAAGGCAAAGGGAGCAGCGCAGCGGUAGCGUUAGAGCGACGAACAACGCAUAGCUGUCGCGAGAUCAAGGCGGAGGGAGCUCGAUCUUUUAACGUCUAAUCUCUCGAUGGAUGAUCCAGAGCUACAAGCCAUUAGGCAAAGAAGGAUGCAAGAAUUGAUGGCACAACAUGGCAUGGGUAGUCAGCAAAAUGCAGAGCAGCAGAAAGCACAAGAAGAUGCCAAAAGGGAAGCAGAAGAACAUAGACAGUUGAUGCUUAGUCAGAUAUUGUCUUCUCAAGCAAGAGAAAGGCUAGCUCGUAUUGCUCUGGUAAAACCUGACAAGGCAAGAGGGGUAGAAGAUGUGCUUCUUAGAGCUUCUCAAAUGGGUCAGAUCUCUGAAAAGGUAUCCGAAGAGAGGCUUAUCUCACUGCUUGAGCAGAUUAACAACCAAACAAGUAAACAGACAAAAGUUACAAUUCAAAGGCGGCGGAGUGUUCUUGAGGACGAUGAUUGAGGUGUCUUCCAACAGUUUCUUGGUGGUUUGAGUAUGAGUGUGUGGUUGUAAAUGAUUCAAGGAUCAAUGUCUGCCUACAACAUUUUUAUUGCUUGAUGACGGUUCCAGCUACUUUGAGAUGAACCUUAUAAGGUCGCGUGCUCUUCGAAUUUAAGCCCUGAGCUUGUCUUUUGUAACUGCUAUUACCUAAUGGUAUAAAAUAACGAUGUUAGGAUCAUCAGUCAC